GUGAUGGACAGUUCUAUGCCUCUGAUUGGUGAGCAUGUGGAGGAGGACAGGCAGUUGAUCACUGAUCUAGUGAUCAAUAAGAUGUGCAGUGUGCUGCUCGGUAUCAACACACCACAGCCCAGCGCUGUGAAGGUAAAUCUCUCUCACCUCCUCUCCAGAGUGUAACACUAUUAUGGAUUUGAAUUGAUGUAGAUUAGAUCUCAAAAGUAAUGAAGAAUUGCUUCAAAUAAGCCCUUGUGUAGGGAGUAUAUCAAACCAACCAUGCACUAUUACUGUCCAUGUUCAAUGCUUUUCAUUUCACAGCCACAGACAACCCAGCCAAGAAGGGCCCAAGGUAAAGAGACCUCAUCGACAUCUUAUCACCAGUUUGAUUGCGGUUGUGGCGAAUAUGAAUAUUAUGAUAGUGUGGAGAAAUACACAUAGUAGUGCCUUGAGUCUGAGACGAAACAUGAGUGUGUUGGCUCUGCAGGUGGGCAUCGCUCUGGUUCUCCCUCCCAGUCAGCCCAGGGUUCUCCUCAGCGAGCCCGCUCAGCUAACACCUCUCCCAGCCAGGCCUUUCAGCCCGGACCCAUCCCACCUCCCGCCGCCACCGGCCCCGGCUCCCAGAAACAACCUCCACAACUGAAGUAAGUCAACGCAUCAAAUCUGAUGUUAACAUGGGUGUGUAAUACUAACAGAAUAAUAUAAUUAAGAAAUUAGGCAUGAGGGGGUUGUGGUAUAUGGCCAAUAUACCAUGGCUGAGGGCUGUUCUUAUGCAUGACUCAACGCGGAGUCCCUGAAUACAGCCCUUAGCCGUGGUAUAUUGGCCAUAUACCACAAACCCCCAAGGUGCCUUAUUGCUAUUAUAAACUGGUUACCAACGUAAUUAGAACAGUAAAAAUAAAUAAUGUCAUAGCCGUGGUAUACGUUCUGAUGUACCACGGCUUUCAGCCAAUCAGCAUUCAGGGCUUGAACCACCCAGUUUAUAAUGUCAUACAGUACCAGUCAAGUUGACUGGUACUGUAUAUUGGCCAUAUACCACACCUCGGGCCUUAUUGCUUAAUUAGAAUUGUAAAGAAAUCUGUGCUAAGUACAAGAUCUCUAGUGUCACGAACCGGCUCGUAAGAAAUAGGGAAACAACGUGGAGAUAAGGAUUAACACAAUAUGUUUAUUAACUAAAGCAAACUAUAUACAAUUAACAAUGGUGUGUGUAGUCAGUAAUCAGUAGUGUAAGUGAGUGGAUGCGUGUGAUAAGAGGAGUGUUGAAAGGUGCCAAAGCAAAUAAACAAUACAGCCACAAAAAUGCCACAACCAAAACCUAUAAAACCGGGGACCACCAAGGACCCCGGAACACCACACCAACCAGACAUACAUAAACACAAACAAAAUACUGCCCUGGUUAGCCCUAUCCCACUGCCCCAGCCAACCUCGUCCUCCCCAGACCUCAGCAACCUUUGCGCACAGGAAGCAACUUUUAAGAGGAAAGAAGAAACGUGAACAGCAGGAAACAGAAAACAGGAGCAACAGAACACAAAAUAUACAAAAUAAACAGUCAGUCACGUGGACGACAUGCAUACGCUCAGGGACCACGCGUAUGAGAAAACGCGUGUCCACCGAUCAAUAGGACCAGAUUCGUUCAGGACCAGGGCGCAUGAGAGAGCGGAUCAGCAACAACAUUAUCAGUCCCUCUGAUGUGCCGCACAUCGAGAUGGAAGGCCUGUAAAAACAAACACCAUCUCAUUAUCCUCUGGUUGGGACACAUCACAGACCUCAAGAAGGUGAGAGGGUUAUGGUCGGUGUAGACCACAAUAGGUACUACACCCGACCUACACCUCAAAGUGUUGUAGCGCCCAUAUGAGUGCUAGCGCUUAUUUUUCCGCCACAGAGUAGUUCAACUGAUAACGGUUACAUUUCUUGGAAAAUAAACUAACAGGCCUCUCAACACCGGACACAUCUGCUUGCAGCAGGACUGCACCUGCCCCCACGUGACUCGCAUCCACCUGCAAGGAGAAUGACAAAUCCAUGCAAGGAGCAGCCAGCACCGGAGUUGAGGCAAGCAACCUCUUUGCAGCCUCAAAAGCCUGUUGACAGAGAGGAGACCAGAUGUAUACCGCUUUCAGGGGAGCGACUACGGUAGAGAAGUUCCUACAGAAACUACGGUAAUAACCAAUCAUUCCCAAGAAAAGCAUCAAUUCCUUUUUAGUAGUUGGCGGUGGAAAAGCAUCAAUAGCGAUCACUUUAGCCCGAACAGGACACACUUCACCCUGCCCAACCACCUUACCAAGGUACGUAACGGUCGCCUGAGCAAAUUCGCACUAAGCCAGAUUGAUAGUGAGGCAACCUGCCGCCAAGCGGUCGAACAAGGCUUGAAUACAGGACAGAUGCUCCUCCCAAGUAUCUGCAUAAACCAAUACAUCGUCCAGAUAAACAGCGCACCAGACCAGACCGGAGACAACCCUAUUCAUAAGGUGUAGAAAAGUGGCAGGUGCGUUACGCAAGCCGAAACUCAUAACCAAAUACGAGUACUGACCAGAGGGUGUAAUAAAGGCAGAGAUUUCACAUGCCCUACUGGUCAUUGGCACCUGCCAAUAGCCCUUUAACAGGUCAAACUUGCUCACAAACAUAGCUGCUCCGACCUGAUCAACGCAGUCAUCCAUCCGAGGAAAUGAAUCUGUCUUAGUGGCACUGUUUACCUUACGGUAGUCCGUACAAAAUCUGUUUGUCCCAUCCGAUUUACUGACCAAGAUACAGGGAGAAGCCCAGCUAGAGAAAGGUUCUGCAAUAUCGCUCUCCAGAAUGUACCUUCUCAGCACCCAGACAACGCCGUUUCUCUGAAGAAACUCUAUAGAACCGCUGACGGAUGGGGUCAGCAUCCCCAACGUCAAUAUCACGUUCUAUUAAGUUUGUACGAGUAGGUGUAUCAGAAAACAAAACUGGAAAACUCUGAAUCAGACCAACCAACUCGUCUCGCCUAUCAACAGGUAGAUGAGUGAGAAGGCUAUCCAAAACAUCCAGUGUCUCUGAAUUUUGAAAUCUACCCUGCAGUACGCAAUCAUCAGGACCAGGGACAUCAUCCUCACCAUGCAUGGACCUAGCAUGACAAAAAGAAGAACCAAGCGAUGUAACAGUACAGGCCAAAAUAACAGGUUUACUGUCCUCUGCGGACACACUCUUCGGCCCCAGAGGAACGUGCGUAAUGGGGUUUUAACAGAUUUACAUGGCACAGUUGGUGCGCUUUCCUUCGUUCCCAGAGUGGCAACUAGAUAGUUUGCUCAGUGCACUGGCGCACAACCAUAUAUGGACCUUGAAGCUUGGCGUGAAAAGGAGACCCAACAAUUGGCAGCAGAGCAAGAACCUGGUCAUCUGGACUAAAGUGACGAGACUCAGCUCGUUGAUCAAAUAUGCCCUUCAUCCUCCCUUGUGAAGAUGAUAGCUUCUCUUCAGCAGCGUACAGGUGUCGCCGGAAAUCACAUACAUAAGAUAAGACUGAGGUGGUUCAGGAGACUUCCAGUCAUCCUGGAGCACCGCUAGAAGUCCACGAACACUAUGUCCGAACACUAGGUCAUUUGGACUGAAACCCGUGCUCUCCUGUGAAACCUCCCUGGCGGCUAACAGUAACCAAGGCAACCCCUCCUCCCAAUCCUUACCCAGCUCCAUACAAUAAGCUAACAAAGACAUAAGUGUUUUGUUAGACAAAGACAAAUUAUGUUUAAUAUGGAGCUGUUGGAGAACCUGACCAAACAGAUUAGAGGUGAAAUUAGAACCUUGAUCACUGAAUGACCUUAGGGAUUCCAAAAUUGAGAAACUGAGUCAAAGCCUUUAGCACAGACUUAGUCGGGAUCGAGAGGAUAUGCAGCAGGAUACCUAGUGGUCUGACACGUCACAGUGAACAGGUAACUACUACCAUUCUUAGAGCGAGGCAGAGGGCCAACACAGUCAAUCAGAUACUCAAAAGGUUGGCUGAGUACGGGAAUAGGAAACAGCGGUACCGGAUUAAUAGCUUGAAUAGGUUUAUCCGUUAAUUGACAGGUGUGACAGGUUUUGAUGAACGCAGAAACAUCCCUCUUUAACCUAGGCCAAAAUAAAUGUCUCAGUAUGCGAUUGUAGGUUGUCACGCCCAGAUGUCCAGCAACAUCAUCGUGGGAAGUUUUCAGCACCAACUCAUGAAGCUUAACUGGUACCACAACCGGAUUAAUUACCUCCCCCACAAAACUACUACCAUGAGGCACCCAUUUUCUCAUCAGGACAUCAUCCUGGAGAAAAUAGCCAUGGGCGACAAUGUGGGGUCAGCCCGUUGCUCUUUGAUUAGAUCAGAACGGGGCACAGAUAAUGGGAUAACAGGGAAAAUAGUGACAUUUCUUUGUACCAUCAUCAUUAACCGGCGCUGUGACCAGGUCGCCACGGCUCAUGGAACGCGUCACCGCGCACGCAGAGAACACCUCUGGGAAACUCUGCGCGCUGGCGGAUUCCACCCAAGCCAUGAAUGUGCCCCCGAGACAACUGCUCCGUCCACCACACAAAAAGAACAAACAAAAUAACCAUGCCCAACAUAUUACAAAGUGGAACACGUCGCUAAGCCUAAUAGGGGAAAAGAAAGGCUAUAACUCCGGGUAGCAAAUAGCACUACCCUACCCAAAUCUCCCACUGAGGUACACAGCCGAUUGUACUAACCUCUUCGGACCGAUGUCCCAACAGCGAGUAGAGCAAGAGUUUCCAGCCUGGGCAGGGGCCUGGAAACUAACCAGUGUCCUCUCUCCAACGCAGCACACAAAUAUCCACCGCAGUGGCUAGUUUAACAAAAAAAAGGCAACCAACACUGGGCCUACCAAACAUCACAACUUUAAAAAACUGUACCAAAAGAUGCAAACUAAGCACCUAAAGAAUUUAUCGAACACUAACUCCACGUUUUCUCCCAAACAAAAUACUCAUACCAGUUAGCCAAACACUAGUAUUAGGCCUACUGCAUAUUUUACCAGGCAACGCACCGUUUGAUAAUGUCACUGGACAACCAAAAUCACUGAUACGUCUCUAAGGCACUAUACCAAACAAUUAUAAGACUAUGCAGGGAAUACCAACCAAAGCGCAUCCCGUAACAUUAACCCAUCAUAAUGCAACAAAAUACUAUACGCCAAAAUGUCUAGGAACCAACCUUAUGACGAUGAUCCCGGACAAGCCCCCACUUGUCACGAACCGGCUCAUAGCCGGUGGAGAUAAGGAAUAACAAAAUAUAUUUAUUAACUAAAGCAAACUGUAUACAAUUAACAGAAAUACUCUAUUAUAAUAUCUGACACGCCCACUUUUGUUCCUGUUUAACAGCUGUUAAUAAAUGGCCUGCAUUUACAGGAUGCUCAGCUCCAGCCACCUCUUCAGAUAUUAAUAUGUGAUAAAAGUGAAACUACCUCUUGAGUUUUGAUUCUCUCGUAACUCCUCCCUAGUUCAACGUGGAUUGGCUGUACAUGGCAAAGGGGUUGUCGGUUGGGCAAUUUGCAACAAGAUUUCUCCACAACCUUUGCCCAGUUUACCUCCUGACUCAGAUACAUUUCUAAGGUUUGACUGUAUUUCUGUCCAAGCAGACAGUCAUUGGCUUGGCUACAAUAAACAUUAACAAGUAUCUUCUAAGAUUAAGCUCCUUUGUUAAAAUCUUGUUGGGCUUAGAGAGCAACGUGCACUAGUUUAUUCCCUGUUGUGUGUGCUGUUGGCCAGCCUCUUUUGAUCAAACUGUGCAGUAGCAAAGUUGGCAGAAUAUGAUCCCCUCGGCCCUCUUCACACAUGCACACGCAAGCAUGCAUGAAUGCACACAAACAGACACACACAUACAUCCACCAUCUCCAUGUUGCAUGCCCCUCAGGCCUCAGCCUCACUCUCACAUUCACUCUCACGCCCCUUGCAGCAAAUCCCAGUCGCUCACCAACACCUUCACUGAGACCCUGAAAGGGAACACCACGGACGACGAGGCCAAGGCAGAGACCAUCCGCAGCCUCCGGCAGUCCUUCGCCAGUCUCUUCUCCGACUAA